AUGGACAAGUGCCCCCCGACCCCUGGGCAAAGCAGUCUUGCAAAUGCUGCAGUAUAUGGCAAAGUCAUGCCACAUGGCCUGGUGCAGCCCAGCAGCAAAAUGUCUACCAGCACAGUAUGAAUUGUGGCCUUUUCACCAGCUGCAUAUUUACACACACAGGAAAUAAAAAUCUCCAAAACCCAACACUUCUUACCAAAACCAAACUGUGACCAUCUACCAUGGCAGCCCAGAUCCCUCCCUCUCUCACCUUUGUUCCUUCCUCAUAGUGGUUGCUGUCACUACUACCAGGAAAACCACAUACCUUCUCAUAUGGCAUGCUGACUUUUUUCACUGAUCAGGAGAGCAACAGCAGGAAUGAACUGGACUAGAGCCACUGACUGUGAGCCCUUGACUGAAAUGGAAGGAAAGGAAGGGCCAGAAUUUGCCUGGUUGUGAGGAGCUUCGGUGUACAGUCACCAGUUGGGCUGUGCAUGUUAUGCAGACUCCUACCGGGAGAAUGCAGUGACAGUGUGCUAGAAGUAUUGGGGUCAUUGUCCUGAUGAGAUGUGGCCUUUGCUCUUAUAAAUACAUGCAUUUGCUUGUGUGGCAUUUCAAAACCUCUGUGGUUACUGAGAUGCCUGAGUCAUGUCAUUUUGUAGGAUGAGAUGUCACAGAUAUUAUUUAAGGAAAGACCUCUUUCAUUUCCUGAUCUAGACCAAAAAAGGCAGGCACGUUUUCUACAGAGGCUCCCGUUGGCUGAGAUUAGUAAGCCACACUUCCUACCACAGGUGGCCAUGGUGAAACUGGCUAGGCUAAGCCCCUGUUGGGUCCUUCACCUCUUGGUGCUUUCCUUUCCCCUUGAUGUUCUGAGCCUGCUGCAGCUACCAGCUGUUUAGUCAGAGGCCCAUAAAGCACCUCAGGGACUUUCACCACAAGCUGGCCUUUGUGCACCCAAUGCCUCCAUCAUCAAAGAGAGUGGCUGGUCCCCUUGACCAUUUUCUUUUCUCUUCCUCCUUGGCAGGUGUGGACGUUCUGCUGGCUAGCACUGCUGCACCCUGAAGUGAUGGCAUUGACAAGGGUCUGGGCCAUACCUCCGCUCUGUGUGACUAGCCUUGGCAUUCUGCUGCUGGUUUAUGCUCUCCCUGCAGAAGGGUAAGGUGGCAAGAGGCUGGGAUUUUAUUAUAUAGCGCAGAGGGAGUGAGGAAGGGUCUGGGGCACUCCUUCUCCAUCACUGUACCUGCAACACCCAAUUGCAGUGAGGGAGGCUGUAAGGCAGACUUUGGGACCCUGGUUAGGUUUCACCUUCUGUCUCUCUAAGACUUGGUCAUGGCUCUUUGGAACCAGGAAAAUCCCCAGCUUGGUCCUGCAGCAAAGGCAUCUAACAAUAAUCCCAUUUUGCCCCACACAGCCACUCUCCAUGCCAGCUUUUCUCCUGACUGUGCUAGAGAAUGGUUGAUCUGAGUAAUUUGCCAAGGCGAUCUUCCCCAUGCCAGAAUGGUCAGGACUUUUCCUGUGCCAGGGUCCAAAAUGGAAUCCUGCAUACACAGCAGGCAGCUGCAGGCAACUGACUAACCAGGUACCUGGAAACCUCCGAGGAGCAAACCAAAAGCAGCUGGCAACCAUAGAGACAGAGAGCAGUGGUUUGAAACACCUGGAGUUGCAAGUGCCCCUUUCCUUCCAUUUUGGGAGACCUCCCCAGAGAGUGUUUGUCUGACUUCCCUCCCCUCCCCUCUCCUUUUAAGGGGGAGGCAGAAACUUUCUAUUCCUGUCUAAGUGAUGACAUUGGGAGACCCUUUGAGGAGUGGUACUUCUGGCCUAGAGUGCCCAGGACAACAGUCUUCCCCAUCCCCAACCUGAUGUCUUCCAGCUGCCAACAGCCCCAGCCAUCAUGGACCCCUGGAUGGUGCCAGGUCAGAGAAGACUGUAUGGUACCUCAUUCACAAGAAUUUUAGCUUCGUAUCUCAUUCAGCAAAAAAACAAAAACAAAACAAACAAAAAACAAAAGAACAGCACACACACACACCAGCACCUCCAACUCAACGCAUUGGACACCUUCUCUGUGCUCUCUUCAGCAUCUGCUUAAAGCAUGUAGAUGUUGACCUUUUAAAAUCUUUUUUUACUGCUAAUUUUAAAUAUCUUUAAAUGUUUUAAACUGUUUUUAUUGCUGCUUUUCAUUUUUCUAGUAAACCACUUAUAUAUUAAAUAAAAUGAUUAAACAGUGUUCCCAUGCUAUUGGUGCCUUCAUGAAGAUGGUAGCACAAACGUUAUUUCUCGAGUACAUUUCUGUGAUACUUUUGUCUAAGAGAACAGAUCCAAGUUGGGUUGCAGAUAAUAAAACCAGCUCAUGAUGUGCUGGAACAGAACUCCUUCAAACACACACGCACACAUACACCCAAAUACAAAUAGAGAGUACAAAUUGUGCUUGCCCAUGAGCUCAGGUGAGCUAGUUUUGUCUGGCAGCUGCUCUUGGGAGGUAUAGUCCUUUCUACUGUCAUUGGUAGGCAAUGUACACAGAAUUCUUAGGUUAUUAUUUCCCACCUGUUUGUUGAUUUGAUGGUUUGCUAAUUUGUAAUCAGUUUGUGUGAUGAUGGCAUUUUAACACAGCAAGAAAUGCAACUUAACAAUUCUCAGUGAGAUUUCUGUAAUGUAAACAUGUAAAAAGGGUGCCACUCCUAUCUCUGGGGAAGAGCAAGUAUGACAAAUAAAUAAAUGAAAAUCCACAUGCCUGGAUGGGGGUGGGGGACAAGACAGAAAGAUGAGCAUGUGAGGAGGCUGCAGGCCAAGGCAAGAAAUGAGUGUGACAAGCACUCUUCUCCUGUGUGAACAAACAGGUUUGGGCAUCCUCUUCUGACUAGAGAAGAUUCCAGCAUAAAUGCAACACUCUGCACCUUCCUGCCUCUCUCUACCUGCACGCUUGGAGCAAGCAGAGGCAUCCAAGAGUGAUGGGACACAUUAGCAUUGCUCAAGACACAACUGCAAGAGUUACGAUUACGUCAGCACUUUUGUAGGAAACCCAAUCCUCUUCCCAGCUGGCCCAGCAUAGCAAAGACUUGGCAGCUACAGCUCAUAGCCUGGUAGCAAUGAUUUCAUCUGCUUUUCCUUCCCAUUUAUCACAAAUCUCCUAGUAACAGUGGGCAGCAAGCAAUAAAAUUCUGGAAAUAGGAAGCUUUUGAUUAAAGGCACAGUUUGCCCUUGGAAGCCUCAGUUGUUCUUUGCCAGUCCAUGCAGGACAGGCAAAUGCCACUGCCAUUUAUUGUAAAUGAUAGAUUAGCCACCAAUCAGGUGUAAACACAGGGUGGUAUUCAACUAAGUUUUAUUCGGGAUUGACCUGCUAAAAUCAAUGGACCCAACUCAGUUAUGCUCAUUCAUGUCAAUAGGUCUACACUAAGUAAAUAACAGUCAGAAAAUAGUUGAAGGCAAUCAUUUGACAAAGUGGUUGGUUGACAGAUCUAACAUCUUAGGGUAGGCAACCUAAGGCCCGUGGGCUGGAUGUGGCCCAAUAGCCUUCUCAAUCUGGCCCAUGGACAUUCCGGGAAUCAGCGUGUUUUUACAUGAGUAGAAUGUGUCCUUUUAUUUAAAAUGCAUCUCUGGGUUAUUUGUGGGGCAUAGGAAUUUGUUCAAUUUUUUUCUUCAAAAUAUAGUCCGGUCCACCACAUGGUCUGAGGGACGGUGGACUGGCCCACAGCUGAAAAAGGUUACUGACCCCUGAUCCAAGUGAAUUAAUGCAAAGUGGUGGUGGUGGUUAUGGUUACCCAUGUGCUUCUCUCCCUCCAAAUAUCCAACCCAGAGAAAAAUGGAAGGGGUGGAGGAAGGAGUAACAGCUGCCCCAUCUUGUGAGGUGGCCUUAGACUGAUUCACUAUGCCUUCCCAAAGCAACCUCUAACCUUGGGCCCCUCAAGGCUACUGUUUUGUUGCCAUAGGUAUGGUCUCUGCCACAUGCUCUUGGCACAUUAGUGGCGAAUUUAUUCCGCCUUAUCAGUUGCUCUGCAAUGCUUGCUUGGUGCUAACACGUUAUUGGUGUCCAGAGGGGCUAUAGAGCAAGAAAAGCGAGAGGGAAAUAAACCAGAGCAUUUGUGGUGUAAAAAAAGUUAUAAGGUUUCAGUUAUGGGAAAGGCACUGACUGGAAUGUGAAGCAGUGUGAAUGUGCAAUUAAAAAGGAUGCCUGGAGGGGCCUCUUGUGACUAACAGCUACUCUGUGUCCAGUUGGAGUUAACAUAAGGACAUGUGGAGGCAGGGCCACGUCCAUUAAAGGUAAAAAAGCUGAAAAAUCCAGAGAAGGCCUAAAAUCAGUGCAGGCCAGGGAUGGGAUUUUUUGUGUGUGUUUUUGUGUGUGAGCACACACAGAGCAUCAUUGGAGAAGUGACAGACCUUAACCCUCCUGUUCUCCCUUGAUAUGGCAGACUCGCUCAAAAGCAUGGCCCAGAUAUUAUCGAUGAUGACAACAAAGACAACAUCACCAUCUUCACACGCAUCCUGGACCGGCUGCUGGAUGGAUAUGACAACCGACUGAGACCUGGGCUUGGAGGUCAGUCUACUUCAGCUAAUUGUCUGUGCAAGCUUGAUGGCAUUUCCUUAUGUCACAGCAGGGGGAAAGGUGUAGGAGGGUACAAACAAACAAGCAAACAAACAAUAUAUGGACCAUCCCUCCAAUCUAACUGCAUUUCCACUUAAAGCUGCCUGCCCCACAGCCUCCUUGGACUGCUUGCAUAAGGGAAGGCCCCUCCCCCAAUCUGGCAGAAGCAACUCCUCCUUGGGAGGGGCUAUUAAUUCUAGGGCUCCCUGGAGUCUCUUGCUGGGGGUUUGUGGUUUCUUGGGAUCCUCUCCAGCCGAUUACUUGAAGUCCUUCGGCCCAACAGUUAAGAUAAUGAAAUGUCGGUUUCUGUUCCAACAGAGGCUGCUUCAUGUGGCUGCCUCAUCCUUACACUCACAUUCAUGCACACUCUCUGCUGGCUUGCUCUCCCUACAGAGCCCUUGAAUGGGGUAGGGGUAGACUUUUCAAAUUUCAGCAGUGCCCUGUGUGAGACCAAAAUUCAGCACCCCUGCCCCUUGCCUUCCGUUCUGCUCAAUUUGGUACGCCAUAGUUGCAACGCCCUGCAACAUCCCCUAGGCUUGGCACCCAGUGUAGUGCAAGCAGUCACACUGCUCUAAAUCUGCCUCUGAAUGGGGGAAGGAGAUAAAGGUAUGAAAGAAGAGAGAGAUGAUCAGCCCUCCUGCAGCAAGACCAGACGUUUCAGUGCAGUCAUUGGCAUUUUGCUUCCUGCUCACAGGGUCAUAGGAAGCUGCCUUGAACCAAGUCAGACAAUUGGUCCAUCUAGCUCAGCAUUGUCUACAAUGACUGCCAGUACACCUGUGGUUUCAGACAGGGUGCCUUCUGCCCUACCUGGAGAUGCCAUUGCAGAAUGAACCUGGGACCUUCUGCAUGGAAACCAGAUGCUCUGCCACUGAGCUUUAAUUGUAGCACAUGCUCAUUUGCUUAGGCAGACCAGGAAGAUGCUCCUGUCUCCCCACCUCCAGUAGCAGGUGGCAGUAAGGUGUGGGUCCCACUGGCAGAGGAAGAGGAGUGCAGGGGGAGCGAACCGCCCCUGGCAGCAUGAUCCCGGUGCUAUGCCCCUGCAGACAGCGUGCCACACCCCCAGAAUGAGUGCCACACUCCUGUGGGCGCAUUGCCACACCCCCGGGAUGCGUGCCAGCCCCGCCCCAUCUGCUCUCCACCCCCUGGUGCCGGAGCAUGAAGCUCUGCCACUGGUGGGUCCUUCAGGGAACUUGGAAGCAAGUUGCCACCUGCUACAACUGACCUGUCAGCAUCUCAUUACCACAUCUAGCAUCCGUGUGGGUUGGGUACUUCCUAUCUGGUUUGUGCUGAAAUGGGGAUCAAUGAGGAUGUAAAACCAGCUACGGGCAAGAGUGUCUGUCCCAUGUGCUCUUUGCAUUCUGUGCCACAGCAGCAGCAGCUAGACUGGGAAUAAAUGGCUCGGAGUGUGAUGCUGGUCCCUGAACUCAUGAAAUGAGCACUCAGAGCUCCCAGAAGACAAAAUGCAAGUCCACCAAAUGACAAUACAUGAGACACACUAGGGCAUUACAGAACUGUGGCCAAGAGGAGCCCCCAGGGCCUCGUGGGAACCUAUCACGAAAUCACAGUAUUGUAGAUUUGCAAGGAUCUUCCACAAUUUCUUUUUUGGAUCAAUCUAACAAACUAACUCCCCCCCCCCAGGAGGUACUCAAGGGUACGCAGCACUGGCACCUCUUUGUUUUUUUGGGUUAAAAAGUGUGACAUUUUUCUUUAACAACUUCAUGAGUACCAGCACAUAUUUUUCUAGAAAAAAGCACUGUUCUCUCUCUGUGUCUGUCUGUCUGUCUGUCUCUCCCUCUCUCUCUCUCUCUCACACACACACCUUAUAAAGUUGUAGAGUUGGAAGGGACACCGAGGGUCAUCUAGUCUAACCCCCAGCAGUACAGGAAUCUCAAUUAAAGCAUCCAUGGCAGAUGGCCAUCCAACCUCUCCUUAAACACCUCCAAGGAGGGAGAGUCCACAACCUCCUAAGGGAGUCCAUUCCACUGUUGGACAGGGCCUCUCCUCCUCCCAGAGGGGAGGGGUUUUGAGCGGGGGGGGGGGGGGAGGCGUAUUCGGCUCCCUGCUCCUGAUUGCUUCUGCUGCCAUGGCCAAGCCUUCCAGCCGACCAAUAGGGAUGGCUGGUGGGCGGGGCUAAACACCUUUAAACAGCCGCGGCAGCGCUCUGCUCCCAGUCUGUUCCUGCUUUCUUCAGAUCUCCCGCCCUCCUUACCUCUUAGGUCAGCUUCUUUUUGCGUAUUGACCUUGCUGUAAUCAAUAAAAGUUGUGGCCUAAUUUUGCCCAUUAACCUAAAAUAAUGUGUCUGUGUGUCUUAUUAUAAUCCUAUGCGGGUGGAGGGUCCUCAAUUCACAACUCCUACUGUUAGAAAGCCCUGUUUCACACCACUCUUUAUAGGGAAGGCAUCCAAGGAUGAACCAUCAUGCUGGAUACUGCUGUGUAUUCUCUUGUGGAAGGACAUGAUCACACUGCAAAGAUUAGGUGGGGAUCCUAUCUUACUGAUUUCUGUGAAGAGUCCUUUUCAGCUGAUGAAGCUAAGGGCCUUAAUCAGGUCUAUGAAGGCAAUGUAGAAGGGGCACCUCUGCCCUUGGCAUUUCUCCGGCAGCUGGUGCAGUAAGAAAAUCAUGUUCACUGUUGACCUCAUGGUAGUACAGCAUAUUAUAUGUAAAUCAUCUAUGACAUUAAAAAAAAAGUCUUCCUUUAGAUUUGGUUCCUGGUUGUCUAGUGUUGGUUCUUCCACUUAUACUAGAGGUUGCAGUUCACAUUAAUUUGCUUCCUGGGGCCCAUAAGAUCUAUCUGCAGAACUAGUUCCCCACCUCUCUCUGUCCCCAGAGGUCUUCCAAAGCACCUGAUUAUGACAGUGCUGCAAUUUCGAUAGUGCUGCAAUUCCUGCAUUUCACUGAAUUGGACUAUAUGUAGCUUUGGUUCCUUCUAGCGCUGCAGUUCUAUGAUUCUAUGCUCUCCUUUGCCCUCCUUACUAUGUGCACUGACAUUCAGUUGUGCUUCCAGACAGAAGCUCUGCUUGUUGCUCUUCAGCUCUGCAUGCCUUGAUCCUUCUUGAUCCUCUGCACCUAGCCUUGAUUUGUCCUUUCCUUAGCAUGGGGUAAGUUAAUUCCUAGACAGGCAAGUAGCUUUGAGAGGAGACUAGGCACUGAUAUAACGGCCCCUGACAUCAUAAAAGCAUCAGUGUCUACCCUGAGCAGAGAAGGGUGGUGCAGUGGGCCCCUUCUCAGCUCUAUGUGGGAUGUGCACCUGGAGACCUCUUUUCUUCAUGAUCUUCAUGUGCCACCUGUCCAGGCAGCUCAGUAUUCUCACCCCACCCACCAUGCAGGCUAGUCAUCCUUGUCCAGAAAGGAGCCCAUACAGACUCAGAUGUUCCCAGUCUGAGCCCUCUCAGCUCCAGAGAGGCAGGCAGCCCUGACAGGGUUGUGCGGCUUUGGUUAUUUCAAUUGAACUAUGGCUUGGCAACAGAUUAGCCCAUGUCAACAAACAGCUCUAAGCCUUUAAAUCAAGUGGUGCUAACUUCAUUUCUCACUGUAGGGGGUGGGUGUUCGGGAGACUUCAAAACUCACUAGCGUCUUGAGAUAUCAUGGGGCUAGAGGUGUCCUUUUCUGUGAAUGAGAGCAACCAGAGGAGAGGAGAAGGGAUGGAGGGAGGAAAGCAUCUGUUGGGAGGACUUGCCUAUUGCAUCAGGAUUUGCAAAUAUGUCCACCUCACCCGAGAGAGAAGCCUGUGAAGAAAGCCACUACUUGCAUUUACAAACAAAUCCAAAGCAUUAAUAAAAUCACUGUUUUGUGAAUUGAGUGAGUGUUUCAUUUAAAUGCUUCUCCAAAGGCCCUAUGGAGCUCAUGGAGUGUAAGCUCAAAAUGACUCUAUUUUUGCAGAACGCAUUAUGUGCUGUUUAAAGGCACUUGUAGGAAGUCUUCCCUGAUGAAUGCCAGAGGGCCCUGAUUAGAGGCCCACACACCCCAUUUGUGUUUGUUUAUGGAAUUGGUCAUUGUUCAGUGUCCACCACAACUAAGCACAAAAGUGGAUCAUUCGACUGUAAUCCAGGGAAGGAGCAAGCCUGGAGAUUUCAAACAAAGCUAAGGCAGAAAUUACACAGGGAAACAUUCACCAUGCGAAUCACCCCUAAUUACUUUCUUCCUUUUUGCUUCUUCCAGAUACAGUAACUGAAGUCAAGACCAACAUUUAUGUAACAAGUUUUGGGCCCGUCUCGGACACAGACAUGGUAGGUGCUGUUGGGAUGGAUUUGGAAGGUAGGAUAGGAUUGAUUAUUUAUUAAUUAUCCUUCCUCUUACAUGCUUGAGUAAUAUUAGCAUCUAGUUUAGCAGAGUUAAAAAUCCCAUCCUUCGCACUAUUAACACGGAAGCUAGGGAAAAAAGACUGUGUAGCUUUCUAUCAUUAUCCAGGAUGUCUUGGGCAGACUGCAUCUUCCCCUUUAUUUAUCCUUCUGAACAAAAUAACAACAUAAAAAUCUGUUAUUUUAGAAUAUAAAAAUAUUGUUUAGUUACAAAAAAGUUGCAGACUUGAUUCAAGCAGAAAAUAGCAGUGAAAUAAGUCCAGAAAAAUAUACUCCUAGAUUGCAAAAUACAUGAUUUUAGGAGCACACAGACCCUGCAUCCUAUCCCUACAGUUGCAUGAUGAGAAAAAGAACGUUCUCCGAGCAGGAAGGAAGGAAUAAGAAUCAUAUUGCUGCUGCUACCUUUCCUGCCUCUCCAAGCAGAGGAUGUGACCUCACAGACUGAUCUCUAGGAGUUUACAUGGAACUCUAUGUGCCUUAGCCUUUUGGUCACCUAGCAAACAUGGAAUUUUAUAUUUUGACUGGAGCAUCAUUUUCCCACAUUUGUGGAGGUAGAACAUAGCGAUCAUGGCUAGUAGUCAUUGAUAGCCUUAUCCUGCAUGAAUCCUUAUCCUUCCAGACCUUUGCAUCUGGUCGUGGCAGGCAAGGUCCCUUUGUGGGGGUGAAUGGACAUGUACCAGCUGCUGAUGGCAAAGUGUAAGUAUCAGCUCUUCCCAGGUCAGUGCGGCUGGUGUGUCCUCUCAGCCUCUCCAAAUAGCCAUCCUCACCCCUGUUCCCUCCCAAAGUGGGUAGCAAGGGAAAUGAAGGACAAGCUGUCAUGGGAGCUAAGCACUUUUUUAUGCUUGGGCAGGUAGGCAGCUCCCGCUUUCUCUACCAGGCAUGCCCACUAGAAGAGCCACCUGUUUGCAGCUGAUCCUUAUUCUAUUGGCAGCAAAGAAGAAAAGGUCAGAAGGAGAUUCAAAGUGUUCGCUAUCACAAGGAAAAUGUGAAGGGAGGGAUGGCUGGAAGGUUGAGGGGACACAGCUGGCAGAAGUCCUAAGGACUGAAUUGAGGCCUCUCUUCCCACAACUGCAUGCCUAAAUGAAAUAGCCUAAAUCAUUGUCAGAAAGCAGCACACAGAGUUGCUUCUGUGCCCAAAAAUCCCAAACCACAGAAAAUGCUGAUGAGGAAUUAGUUCUUCCUGGGAUUCCCCAAUUAAUAAAGGAUGAUGCAAGUUUUGUGGGUGGGGACCCUCCUCGCCAGGAGAGGUGCUUUUUAUGGGCUCCAUGCCCUGUUUUCCUUUCGUGUUCUGAAUGUGACCAUGCUAGUCUGGAGGUCUCCAAGCACGUUGAACCGGGGGAGGGGGAGGGGAGAGACACUAUAGGGAGUGGCUGUUCCUUCCUUGGCAACUGGAUUUGUCUUCCACAGGAAGAUCAAAACAGAGCCACCAAUCUAUGCUGGUGAGACUUGUCCCUAAUGGAGUCAGUCUAGACCAUUCUUAUGGUAGCCCGGUAGAAUUGAGUGUGCUAUUCUGCUUGUGCUCUCCACAACCCAUGCAUAUAGCCAUAUAGGACAAGGGAUGGCAUUUCCACAGCCCUUCUGGUGGGCUGCUCAGGAAGAGGAAGACAAGCAGCAGAAUUCCAAGACCCAGCUACUGAUUUAAGACUAUAUAAAAUAGGGAAAGGAGAGUGAGAAUGAGUGUGCACAAUCAAAUUGAAUAUAAAAUGCUAAAUCAGAAUUUUAAAACUGGGCAUAUACUAAGUCACCUUUGGCUUCCAACGUCAGCUGCAGGAGGGACAACAAAAUACCAGGACUCUUAUCAAUAAGAGGUCUUUUGUGCACAGAUGACUUUAAGUGACAGGUCACUAAGCCCAGCCAGUCACUGGACAGCCACAUACCACAGGGGUGAUGUUGUAGAGAGAGUUUGGGAAGAGAGAUUCUUACUCUCUUGUAACAGAGACAGCAGAAUGGCAAUUGCUCCAAACGUAUUAAAACUUGAUUAGAUUUGCUUCUGCCUUCAACCACCUUUAAACAAAUGUUCCCCAUGAAAAUAUUUAUGGCUAGAAGACACUUGGCUUUGCAAAUAAGUGAAGCGUUUUAUGCACAGAGUUUCAGGAGUUACAGCAAAUAAGCUUCCAUCCUUUGGCAGUAAAAUAAAGAAGAAUACCCCCAUGACUUAAAAAUAAAGAACUUGGUUUCCUUACAAAAGGAUCAUGUAAGAUGUAAGCAGUAAAAAUCUCUUUGAGAGAGAUUCAUUCGUUUUUUCUACAGCUGUGGGUAUUCCUGGAUCCUUUGCUGUCGCUUGAGGCUCAUGUGGCCUCAGUGGCAUGGAGUGCCUUCCAUCAGCAUCAGCUGGUGGCCCAGCUGCACCCAUAUCUGGACAAGGAUAGUCUAACUUCGGUGGUCUAUGUUUUGGCAAUGUGUUAUAUGUGGGGCUGCCUCUGAAGACAGUUUGGAAAAUUCAGCUGGUUCAGCAGCCAGGUUGCUCACCAAGGCAAGACGGGUUGAACAUAUAAUGCCAUUCCUGGCCCAACUUCACUGGCUGCCAAUUAGUUUCCAGGCCCAAUUCAAUGUGCUGGUUUUGACCUAUAAAAUGCUAAACACAAUACUUCAAGGACCACUUUGCCCCAUAUGAACCAACCUGGACCCUGUGAUCAUCACUUGUAGCCCUUCAUUGCGUGUCCCCUCCAUGGGAGGUCUGGAGGUUGGCAAGAUAAGGACAGGUUUUUUCUGCAGUAGAUUCCUGCUUGUGGAAUGUUCUCCCCAGGGAGGCUCAUCUGGUGCCCUGCUUACAUACCUUUAGGUGCCAGGUAAAAACAUUCCUCUUCUCCCAGGCCUUAGGCGACUUAAACAAUCUACGGGCUUUUAAAUGGGGAUAUUGUUUUUGUUUGUUACUAUGGUUUGUAUUUUGUGUUUUUAUAUUGCAAGCCACUCCGUGAUCCUUGGGUAAAAGGUGGUAUAGAAACUAACAACAAACUUUUUAGCUUAGAGAAAAGGCAAGUAAGAUGUUACAUGAUGGAAGUUUAUAAAAUCAGGCAUGGCAUGGAAAGAGUGGAUAGAGAGGUUUUCCCCCCUCUUUCAUAACACUGGAACUCUUAGAUAUCCCAUGAAGUUGAAUGUUGGAAGGUUCAGGAUAGAAUAAAGGAAGUCCUCCUACAUAUAGCACAGAGUUAAACUAUGAAACUCCUUCCCCCAGGAGGCAGUGAUUUCCCCCCAAUUUGGGUGGCUUUAGAAGAGGAUUAGGCAAAUUAAUGGAGGAUAAGACUACCAAUGGUACUAGCCAUGAUGACUAUGCUGCAUCUUCAGAUUUGGAGACAGUGAUGCUUCUGAAUACCAGUUGCUGGAAACUGCAGGAGGGGAGAGUGUUUUUGUGCUCAAUAGGCAACUGUUUUGGUGACUCUGAGAACAGGAUUCUGUGUGAGAUGGGCCUACUUUGACCUAAUACAGCAAGCUCUUCUUAUUAUCUUCCAUGGAUAUAGACUGUGAAGCUGCUCAGUCAUGGGAGCUGGACUCCAAAGGAUCAGGCAGAAAUUGGAGUGACUGGCCCAGCAGGGCUGGAAAAUAAUGUAUUAUAAUAUCCCAUUUUGAGGAGUUACCCAUCAAUAGGCUCCUUCUGGCUUUAGAAGGCCCUCUUCCUCUGGGGCAAGGAGUUAAUUCAGUGUUACUGGAGCUGCUACUUUCCCACUUGGUCCGGCUUCUGACUCUUUCUCUGUCACACUCGCUUUUCUCUCUUCACACCAAAGCAAAGAGCCAUAAUAUAUUCAGUCAUCCAAGCCUCAGGGAGUCUCUCAUAAUUACUUCUAAGGUGGAGCAUAUUUGAAUAAGGAAGCUUGUAUAAUGAACUGUGGAGAACAGGGAAAUGGGAGGUAUUGAAGAACGGGGUCCCCCCCCCCCCUCUGCUGUGUGAUUUUGAAAAAGGGGCUCUGAACAAGGUGGGCUGGUAAAGAAUAAUAUGGUCACAUCCACACAAGCUUGUUUUGGUUCCACAGAUGUCAUCCAUGCAUGGGAAAUGUGAUGCCCCUUUGGGUAUUUUCUUUUUUGUGGGGGUUGGCUUCUGAACUGAAGAAAUGCUGCCGACACUAUUCCCUCUCUAGAUAGAAGGGCACAGGGCUGACUCAAGGCAUGUUGUUGCCUGAGGAGGGGCAGCAAAUGCCCUUUCCCCAACCAGAUGCACAGAAGUAGUACCUUGCAAGGCCAGUCAAGUUAUUUUGCCACCUGAGAUCCGACAAAUGCAUUUCCCCUUCCCUGGCAGUCAACACCCAAUAGUAAAAAGAGGGAUAAGAAUGUGAUACCUUUUGAUGACAACCCAAAUCAGCUACGUGAGCCAGUCACAUCACUCCAUCCAAUAGCAUGGCUGGUCUCCCUCCUGCACACACAAACACCCAAUCACACACACCCCUUUAGUACAGGGAUUACUGAUCAGCUCCCCUGGCCAAGCCAUGAGGAAACUUUGUUUGUGCCUUGUUGUUUUGGUUGAACUGGACAUGUCAUUACUAUUAUUAUUUUCAAUUAGGCUUGGGUGACUGAAUAUAUUAUGGCUCUUUGCUUUGGUGUGAAGAGAGAAAAGAGAUUGUGACAGAGAAAGAAAAAAUCGGAAGCCAGAGCAAGUGGAAAAGUAGCAGCUCCAGUAACACUAAAUUAACUCUUUUAAGAAAGAUGUUGACAAACUGGAACGUGUGCAUAUGAAGGCAACCAAGACGAUUAAGGGUCUGGAAACUAACCCGUAUGAGGAGUGCUUGAAGGAGCUGGGUGUGUUUAGCCUGGAACCGAUGAGAGUGAGAGGAGAUAUGAUAGCCAUCUUCAAAUAUCUUAAGGGCUGUCACAUGGAGGAGGGAACAUGCUUGUUUUCUCCUGCUAUGGAAGGUGGACUGAAACCCAUGGCUUCAAGUUACAAGAAUUGAAAUUCUGACUAAGCAUUCGAAAAAACGUUUUGACAGUAAGAGCUGUUCAACAGUGGAAUGGACUCCAUUGGGAGGUUGUAGACUCCUCUUCCUUGGAGGUUUUGAAUCAGAGGUUGGAUGGCCAUCUGUCAUGGAUGCUUUAGCUGAGAUUCCUGCAUUGCAGGGGGUUGGAUUAGAUGACCCUUGGGUCCCUUCCAGUUCUAAGAUUCUAUGAUUCUAUGAUUUGUAUAAGGACAUUAUGAUAAUGGCAGUUUUAUUUUAAACCCCUUUCCUAACAAUCCCCAGCAUGGAAUUUGCCUUAUUCAUGUCUGCCAUGCAUUGGCUGACAUCUUCAUCAAGCUAUCUACUAUAGCCCCAGGUUCUUGCUCCUGGUCCAUCACCUGCUGUUGAGGAGGAGAGGGGAGGGAGAAGAACUGCUGGAUAUUGGUGUGACAGAGACUUUGAGUGGAUGAGUGGGUGAGUGGGUGGCUGGAGCACUGGAGCAAGAAGGCUCAGAUCCAGAAGUCAUGCUGUCUUCCUUGGCUGGAGAACAGGGAGUCAGUCUGUCCAUGAUUCCUCACAUGAAGCUGCUUGCUGGGAUAGCCUUGGUCCUGAAUGCUCCAAUUGGGGUCAGCAGGUUUUAGUUACAGGAAGGAGGCUUCAAAAGCAGCUGUACUGGUUCAAGGCUCACCAUAGCAGGGGGCAUCAGAGAUGAAGAAGUACUGACUUGUUGCUCGUUGGGGUGUUUCUAUUCUUCCAAAGGGGAAGGAACUGGGGGGGGGGGCAGAAUGCCCAGUAUCUGUCAAGAGGAAGAGUAGGGCAGCACUGGAUCGGGAGGAGGAGGAAGCAGCAGCAGCAGCAGCAACAACUGGUCAUGUCUUGGGCACCAUCUGCACUUACCAUCUGCACCAGCGUUGCCACAGAAACUGCUGCUGAAGGUUUUGUUUGCCUGAACUUGUUGCUGGGUCCUUGAUACCACUGAUGAAUCAUUGGGGGGGGGGGAGUGCUUGGAGUGCUUGGAAAGAACUUUGCUACCCUUCCUAUUCAGUUUCAGUGUUUGUGUAACUGAGAGGAGGGGUAGGGCAAGAGUAUAAAAUUCAGAGGAGAGUUGGGAUCAGCUCUCUCACGCUCACACAUAGAAUCAUAGAAUUGCAGAGUUGCAAGGACCCACGAGGGUCAUCUAGUCCAACCCCCGCAAUGCAGGAAUCUUUUGCUCAACAUUGGGAUUGAACUCAUGACUCUGAGAUUAAGAGUCUCAUGCUCUACCAACUGAAAACAUUUUAUUUGGGGGUAUUUUUUUAAAAAAUGUGCAUUCUAGUAAUUAAAAUAAUAUGCACAAAAAAGAAUGGCAUUCAAUUAACUGCUUUCUGCCGGUCAUGGGCCCUUGACACAACUUUGUGUAUACACAUGUGUUACUAGAUUACUGUAUCCCAGGAUCUUCUUUUGAGAUACAAGCAGGCCACCAGGACCAAAGCUGGACAGGCAGAGGGAAAGGGCAGUGCUUUUGUUUACAGUAGUUCUCUAUAUUCUUUUUGAUUUGAGGAGACGUGAAAGGGAAAAUACGAUCAUUUAAACUUUAUCCAACCUCUUUAAUUCAUAUACAGUCAUACCUCAUGUUACGUCUGCUUCAUGAUACGUUUUUUCGGGUUGCAUCCUGCGGCAACCCAGAAGUACCAGAAAGGGUUACUUCCAGGUUUCACUGCUUGCGCAUAUGCAGAAGUGCAAAAUGACAACACGCGCAUGCGCAGAAGCAGCUAAUCGCGUCCCGCGCGUGUGCAGAUACGCUGCUGCGGGUUGUAUUCUAUUCAUGUUGCGAACGCUCCUCCAGAACGGAUCCCGUUCGCAACCAGAGGUGCCACUGUAAAGUAAAAACACCUAAAAUAAGUAAAAUCAUAGAAUCAUACAACUGUAGAGUUGGAAGGGACCUUGAGGGUCAUCUAAUCCAACCCCUUGCAAUGCAGCAAUCUCAGCUGAAGUAUCCAUGACUGAUGGCCAUCCAACCUCUGCUUAAAAACCUCAGUAGAAGGAGAAUCCACAAUCUCCUAAUGGAGUCCAGUCAACUGUUGAACAGCUCUUACUGUCAGAAAGUUCUUCCUGAUGUUUAUGCUGAAUCUCCUUUCUUGUAACUUGAAGCCAUUGGUUUGAACCCUCCAGAGCAGGAGAAAACAAGCUUGCUGCAUCUUCCAUGGGAAAGCUCUUUAGAUAUUUGAAGAGCGCUAUCAUAUUUUCUCUCAGACUCCUCUUUUCCAGGCUAAGCAUGCCCAGCUUCCUCAACCAUUCCUCAUGAGACUUGGUUUCCAGACCCUUGAUCAUCUUGGUCACCCUCCUCUGCACAUUUUCUAGCUUGUCCAUAUUUAAGAAAUUGUGGCACCCCCACCCCCACCCUGCUGCAUCACACUAUUGACUCAUGUUACCCUUGGGGUCUACUGAGACCCCUAGGUCCUUUUCACAUGUACAACUGGCAAGCCUGGUGUCUUGCAUCUUAUAUGCAGCUCGUUCUUUCUGCCUAAAUGUAGAACCUGACAUUUGUCCCAAAUGAAAUUCAUUUUGUUAGUUUGGGCCCAGUUCUCUAAUCUGUUAAAGUCAUAUUGGAUCCCAUUUCUGUCUUCUGUGGCAUUAGCUGGCCCUCCCAGUUUGGUGUCAUCUUCAAAUUUGAUGAGGUUCCUUUCAAUUCCUUUGUCCAAGACAUUUUAAAAAACAUUGAACUACUAUGGGCCCAGGUCAGAACCCUACGAUACCCCUCUUGUCACUUUUUUCCAGGAUGAUGAGGAACCAAUAAUGAACACUUAGUAGUAGUAGUAGUAGUAGUAGUAGUAGUAAUAAUAAUAAUAAUAAUAAUAAUAAUAAUAAUAAUAAUUUAUUAUUUAUACCCCACCCAUCUGGCUGGGUUUCCCCAGCCACUCUGGGCGGCUUCUAACAAAACACUAUAAUACAAUAACCUAUUAAACAUUAAAAGCUUCCCUAAACAGGGCUGCCUUCAGAUGUCUUCUAAAAGUUUGGUGGUUAUUUUUCUCUUUGACAUCACAUCUGGUGGGAGGGCAUUCCACAGGGCGGGCGCCACUACUGAGAAGGCCCUCUGCCUGGUUCCCUGCAACUUGGCUUCUCGCAGCGAGGGAACCAUCAGAAGGCCCUCGGCACUGGACCUCAGUGUCCGGGCAGAACGAUGGAGGUGGAGACGCUCCUUCAGGUAUACUGGACACUUAGGGUUCUGUCAGUCAGCCUUUUACAAAUCUACCUAACAGUUACCUCAUCCAGCCCACAUUUUAUCAGCUUCUGUGCAAGAAUAUCAUGGGGGACUUCAUCAAAAGCCUUACUGAAAUUGAGAUACCCUAUGUCCACCACAUUCCCCUGAUCUACUAAACUUGUAACUCUAUCAAAGAAAGAAUGAAAUUCAUCUGGCAUGAUUUCUUUUUGACAAACCCAUGCUGAGUCUUAGUAAUCACAACAUUCUUUUCUAAGUGGUCACAGACUGAUGGUUGAAUUAUCUGUUCUUGGACCUUUCCUGGAACUGAUGUUAAGCUGACCUGUCAGUAGUUAUCUGGGUCCUCUCCCUCCGCUUUCAAGAUGGAGACAACAUUUGCUUGCCUCCAGUUUGCAAGGACCUCACUUGUUCUCCAAUAAUUCUCAAAUAUUAUAGACAGAGGCUCUGAGAUUACAGUACAUCUGCAAGCUCAUCAGGCCCUGGAGAUUCAAAUUCAUUUUAAGUAGCUGGGUCUUCCCUUACCUCCUAUUUUGGGUUGCAGCUCAAGAAGGCAAUGCUUGUGGAAUGUACAGUUCCAGUUUCAGGGCCAAUUUUUAUUAUGAUUCAUCCACUUACUUCUCCUGUUCAAGUGUGUGUGAGUGUGUUUAAGCUGUGUUUUCCACUUUCAGCCGUAUCUGGUUUGUCAGACAUAUUUGCCUAUUAAUCAGUGGUGCCCUGUCUGCAGAAACAACUCCAAUCUUUAUAGAAGGUGCUCUGGACCAUAGUACCAAACACCUUAGUUCUAACUAAAGAGCUCAUCCACUCUUACCUUCUUGCCCAUGCUUUCUAGGCAUAGGUCCACACCUUCCUGGUCUGUGUCCGAGUGCUUGGGUUUUUUGCCACACCACAUCCCCCAGGAAAACCUACUCUUUAAUGCUGAAUCAGAUCAAAUGGCAAUUCGGGUUCCCCGCAGAUUGCUGUUUGCUCUGAUUCAGCGGUAAAGAGUGGGUUUUCUUGGGGAAAGUACCAUGACCCAAAAGAGAGAGAAAGCAGUAGGAAAGGGGGUUUUAAAGCACAGAUAUGUGCUUAAAAAUGAAGAGCACAGGCAAGUGAGGAUGAGCCCUGACUUGAAAAGGGAAAUUGCAAUCACCCUUCCUCCUCUAUAUGUAGCUGUGUAAAAGGCAGAUUCCUUGCUAUGGUUCAUUAGAAAAGGAACUGGAAAUAAAACUGCAAAUACCAUAACUCCAUUUUGCAUAUCUAUGGUGUGGCCACAUUUAGAGUACUUUGCACAGAUCUGGUUGCUUUACCUCUAAAAGGAUAUUAUGGAGUUGGAAAAGGUUCAGAAAAGGGCCACAAGAAUGGUCAAGAGGAUGGUGCAAUUCCCCUAAGAAGAAAGAAGACUUUUUAGUUUAGGAAAAAGGCAAGUAAGAGGCAACAUGAUGGGAGUUUAUAAAAUGAUGGCAUGGAGAAAGUACACAGAGAAAAAUUUCUCUCUCUCAUAACUCUAGAACUCCUGGACAUCCAAUGAAACUGAAAAUUAGAAGAUUUAGGAUGGUUAAAAGAAAGUCCUUCACAUAACAAUGAAACUCACUCUCACAGGAGGCAGUGAUGGUCACUAACCUGGAUGGCUUUAAAAAGAAGAUUAGACACUUUCAUGAAGGUGGAGAGAGCUAUCAAUGGCUACUAGCCAGGAUGGCUGUGCUUUCAUAGUCAGAGGCAGUAAUGCUUCUGAAUAUCAGUGGCUGGAAACCACAGAGGGGAAGUGUGUUGCCCUUGUGCAUGGCAUCUGGGUGGCCACUGUGAGAACAGGAUGCCGGACUUGAUGGGCCAUGGGCCUGAUCCAGCAGGCUCUUCUUAAGUUAUUCCUGAGUCCACACCUUCUCUCUGUAGAUGAUCCUUCUACAGUACUGUGUUGUGUCACUUUUAACUGCCACUAUUUCCUCCAGAGGAGAAUUGUCUUUUUGGAGAUCUGUGGCACCCCCUUUCCUCAUCUGCAUUCCAGGCUCCUGGAUAGAGGGGAGGCCUGUGAAAGCAGCUUAAUCUGUAGAUCUGACUAAAUUCUACUAGCAGAUCUAUGUCAUCCUCCUGGAGGCAGGCUAGGGCAUUGCUGAGAAGGCAAAAAAGGAAGAGCCAAGAUUAGCAGCAGGGAGGAAAGGUGGCUGCCAGGAGCAGAUUAGAGACAGACACAGCAGCAGCAGGCAGGCAGGCAGGCAGGCAGGCAGAACUUGGCAGGUUGGGAAUGAAUGCAUGUUGGAGGAGAGGUACAGUGGGGGGAAGACUAUGGGGCAAAUGGAAGUAGUGGAAAUGCUGAGGGCAGACCUCACCACACAUCUGGUUCCCAUGUCAGUGGGAAGAGAAGGAUAUGAGCACAUUGUUGGGCUCAGAAUGCCAAGGACUAUCCCAGUUCCCCUCCAGGCUCUCUGGCAGAAAGUGGCCCCACAACAAUUAUGCUGGAAAGGAAUCUCUCUGUCUCUCUCCCUCUCCCCCUCUUCCUGGAAACCCCAGGCAAGGAGAGGGCUCUUGUGCUUGGAUCCCGCUUGCAUAAUCGGCAUCUGGUUGGUCACUGUGAGAACAGGAUGCUGGACUAGGUGGACCCCCUUUUGGCCUGAUCCAGCAGAGUUCUUCUCAUAUUUUCAUGUCCUUAUAUGCUUAUAUGUUUCACCGGUGGAUCUAACUCUGCUGUGGGUAAGUAUAUAAGAUAGGGAACUCCCCUGCCCCAUAGAUAGAUGGAACAAGAAUCUGCCUGGCUGAAAACAUUCAAGACCAAAGUAUUUUAACUUUGUGAAGUUCGCUGGACCAAGGAUUUAUUUUAUUUUUUAGCAAUAUUUCUGCAUAUGUAGUGAACCAUGUGCAAAAUAACUGUUUAAAAUCUAAACCUGCAUCUUCUCCUCUGGCAGGAGUACACAAUUGAUGUAUUCUUCCGGCAGUCCUGGCGAGAUGAGAGGCUAAAGUUUGAUGGCCCCAUGAAGAUCCUCCCCCUCAACAACCUGCUGGCCAGCAAGAUCUGGACACCUGACACCUUUUUCCACAAUGGCAAGAAAUCGGUGGCUCACAACAUGACCACACCCAACAAGCUUCUUCGACUGGUGGACAAUGGUACCCUCCUCUACACCAUGAGGUAGGUGGUGGUUUUGCUUCCCAAAGGCAUGUCUUCCUUACUCAGCACCCGCCAUCACCUCCUGGAAGGGACUGAGCCUCUCAGCUGAAAUGGGGACCAGAGGGUUCGCCUUGGGCAUCUUCCUCUGGCCUUCCUGCAGCUUGACUAGCAUCUCCUGCUGCCCAAGCAUCUUCACAGCCCUACAACCAACCUGAGUGUGUCACAGACACUGCAGGUUAGGCUCCACUGGGAAGAGUCAGCUGCCAUGCAACUUUUCUGGAGACCACAGCUCAGGGGUAGUAGGAGGAUAUGAUAAAGUAUGCAGCCACUGGAUCAAUCCCGACAGCUUAGAGGAACCUGAAGUGCAGAAUGGGGUGGGGAUCUCUGCCUUUCCCUGUCUGAGCUGUCAGCAUAAUCAUAUCACAUGAGCCGUUGGCCUGACUUAGUAGGCACUUUCUCAUUUUACUGACGGUCUUAAUGAUUUGCAGGAUGUUGUUCAGAAUCCCUGGUUCAGUCCAUCUCCUCCUCCCUUGGUCUUGUAGAAGACUUGUCACUCCAACUCACAAGGAAUAAAGCUUCAGCAGAAUGUUCUUGGUAUUUUUUUUGCAGUUUAAUGACUCCCAAUCCUGCAAUGCCUUUGUGUCCCUUUGUGCUGGGAGAAGCAUGUGCUGCUUAUGCAGCUUUAAGAGUAUGCAUUGCAAUCCCCCAUGGAAAUGUGUGGAUGUGAGCAUUUGGAUUACAGGGAUCAUUUCAGAAAGCAGUGGGCUACAGGAGCACAACUCCCUCUCAGGAAAUGUCCAUUUGGCCAAGAGUUUGCCUAGGAAACUCCUUGCUUGCUGUGGGAGAACAGGGUUGGUUUAACACCUGGAUAUUCCAUUGGCAGUGGUCAUUGUUUCUUGUAGAUUGACCAUUCAUGCGGAGUGUCCGAUGCACCUGGAGGACUUCCCAAUGGAUGUGCAUGCCUGUCCACUGAAGUUUGGGAGCUGUAAGUACUUUCCUGACAGCACAAGCAAAGUGUCCUUGCAUUCUUGGCUUGAAGGCAGCAGGUACGGGUCCUUGGCAGGCUAGUUAUCAGGUGAGCAAACAUCCCUGAGAGUGUGAGCUUAUGCGACAUCCUGCGUUGCUAUGAACCUCUAUUUUCAAAGUGGCCUUCCAAAGUGAAGCUGUCAUUUUAAGGUAAUUUUUUCCUCACAGAUAAAUGAACUUUGAGGUUUACAUCUCCACCUUAUACAGAAUUGGGUGAAAAUUGAUUGUAGGACAGCAGUCUCUAGAAAAACCCCUUCCUAUAGAAUACCAUGCUCCCCUUAAUUGUCUUAAUUCUUUCUAAUAUUGUAUUUUUGAAUUAUUGUAAUCCACUCAUCAUCAUCUAAAACAAUUAUUUCACAUGUAAGGUAAGGUAAAGGUAAAGGACCCCUCGACGGUUAAGUCCAGUCAAAGGCGACUAUGAAGUGCGGUGCUCAUCUUGCUUCAGGCUGAGGGAGCCGGCGUUUGUCCACAGACAGUUUUCCGGGUCAUGUGGCCAGCAUGAUAAACCACUUCUGGUACUACGGUACACCGUGAUGGAAACCAGAGCGCACAGAAACACCAUUUACCUUCCUGCCACAGCGGUACCUAUUUAUCUACUUGCACUGGUGUGCUUUUGAACUGCUAGGGUGGCAGGAGCUGGGACAGAGCAUUGGGAGCUCACCCCAUCACAUGGAUUCAAGUCGCUGACCUUCCGAUUGGCAAGCCCAAGACACUCAGUGGUUUAGACCACAGUGCCUCCCACUCCCUAUUAUUUCACAUGUCUCUCUAUGCACUGCAGUAUAAGAAAUCACAAGCUCACAUGCAUACAGACCAGUCUAAAGGAAAGCAUCAAAUAACUGCAAAUGUUGUGCUUUGUUUAAUAAUGAUAAUGAUAAUGAUAAUAAUAAAUUGAACCCAAAUCAAUAUUUGAUCAACCAGCUAGGGGAAGAUUUCCUUGGAACAUGAUAUGGAAAUGGGAUCAAUGUUGCUUUGCCAUACUGGAUCUGAGAGCUCCUGGACCUGGUGGCUCUAUGACCCCCCCCACUCCCCUCUGCUCAACCAGUGGAAAUAUAUUUAGUAGACAGAGGUGCCCCACUGCCAGCUUCACUGUGUGAUGUGUCGAGCCAAGAGUCUGGUUCCCACAGGUGUGGCCAGCCUGGCAAACAUCUGGUAUCUCUUUGACAUGACGCCUUAGAUGCCUCUCCUUGGGUCUCCAUUUGGCCACAGACUUGGCUGCUUUUGUGGCCUCUGUUUGUCUGCCAUGAGCAGCCAGGUCUAAUUGGAGCAACACAUGAGCAGCACAACUGAACCUCCCAAGUCAGCAGGUCCUAUCCAAUUGCUGCUUCUGCUGCUUCAGAGCCCCAUGGAAAGGAGGUGCUGCCACAGUGCCUGCAGGCCCCCACUGAGGUUGCCUUCUGGGACAAGCCUCUGAGUGUGGGCUUAAUAUUUUCCACCUGCUUUGGCUAACUUGAGUACCCACUGAUGCUUCAGCAUGGGAUGCAGUCCAGAAAUAUCUCCAGUGGUCCAGUGGCCUGGUUAUCGGAGAGGCCAAUGGAAGCCGCUGGAACCACCACUAGUCUUUUGCAGGGCAUGGAAGAUCUCAGGUGGCAGCCUCCUUCCCUCCCACACCUUGAGAGAGUGCAGGGUUUCAGUCAGGUGUCUCUGUGCCAGAUACAGCUUUCUAAUGGGUGUCUCUUUUCCUGGAGUUGGGGUUGACCUUUGGAAGCCAUUCUGGGCACCAUUUUGGAGAUGCUCCUCAUUGGGCAGGAGCUGCCAUGGUGUAGCUAAACCUCCUCCAUCCCAUCCUUUCUGCUUUCUCCACAGAUGCUUACACCAAGACAGAGGUGAUCUACACCUGGACCCAUGGGAAAGUGGAGGUGGCCGAAGAAGGCUCCCGCCUGAAUCAGUACGACCUCCUUGGCCACAAUGUGGGGAGAGACUCCAUUGAAUCCAGCACAGGUAAUGGAGAGCCUCCUUGGAUGGUUUCCUGCAGGGUGUCGGACUACAUGACCCUUGGGCAUCCCUUCCAACUCUACAAUUCUAUGAUUCUCCAUGAUGAGCAGGAACCACAAAGGCAGGACUAAACGUCUCACUUGUUUAAUGAGGCUUACAAUACUAAAAAGCCCAAGCCCUGGUAAAAGAGGAAUCGGGGCUUUUUUGCCUAGCGCCUAAAGCUAUGUAGUGAUGGCACCAGGUAAUCCUCCCUGGGGAUAGCAUUGCACAAGGGGGGGGGGGGGGCGCCUACAACUGAAAACACCCAAUUCUUCUGUCCCUACCUCCCACAGAUGGGGCACUCAGAGAUUGGUCUCAGGUGAAAAUUGCAGGGUCAGUUUUUAUGUGCAUUGUUUUGCAGCCCCUCCUUUUCACAAAUAGGCCACUAUAGAGGUGCCAUUGGCGAAGGUGCUGCCAAGGAGGAAGCAGAUCCAGCUUCCACGGAGCAUGCCACAGCCAUUGGUGCCACAGUGGCAGAGGCAGUGGUGGUGGUGGCAGCAGCAGCAGUUGGUGAUGCAUUCCUUGGAGGUCGGAUCUGUAGAUCCCCUCAAGGUGGUCCCCUUACCUUGCCUCCUGGGUAGGCCAACCCUGAGGAGGGUGGCAGUGCAAGAAUGAGCCUUUUCAGUGGUGGCUCCCUGCUUGUGCAGUACUCUCCCCAGGGAGGCUCACCUUCUUCCUUCCUUACAUAUCUUCAGGUGCCAGGAAAAACUUUCCUCUUCAAUCAGGUCUUUGGCCUUUAACUAUCUGUGACCUUUUAGAAGUGGGUGGGAUGCUUUAAAUGUAUUCCCUCCCCUUGCUUUUAAUGUAUGUGGGGUUUAAUCUAUAUGGAGUGUUUGUUUGUUUGUUUGUUUGUUUGGCUGGCUGGUUGUAAGUUGCCUUGGGUUGCCCUGGGCAAGAUAAAGUGACUGACAAAUUUAAUAAAUAAAAACAAAAACGAUUGCUUUCCACUGCAGGCUGUAUCUCAACAAUCAUGUUUACUGGCAAGGAUGCAAAAAAAGAAAAGAAAAAAGGCAAAUAAAAACCCCUUGUAUCCCUCUCUACCCCCCACCCCUCCAUAUCACUGCAGGAACCUACAUUGUGAUGACCACUUACUUCCACCUUAAGCGUAAGAUUGGGUAUUUUGUGAUCCAGACCUACUUACCCUGCAUCAUGACAGUCAUCCUCUCCCAAGUCUCUUUCUGGCUCAACAGAGAGAGUGUUCCAGCACGGACAGUGUUUGGUGAGCUUCUGAUGGAGGAUGGUCUGAGGGCUGACUGGAGGAAACAGGGAGACGGGGAGAGCAUCAAGACUGGUGCUGGAGAGAAGCAGCAGCAGCAGGGACCUUCCUGCCUGUCAGCCACAUUCCCUUCAUGUUGAUGACAGACAUUUGCAUAAGGCUUAAACUCUGAGGUUUCCCCCAGGAAUAUCUGCUAGCCAUGAUGGCUAUGUCCUCCCUCCACUGUCAGAGGCAGUAGUGCUUUUGAUUAUCAGUUGCUGCGAACUGCAGGUAGGGAUCCAGUUGGCUGCUGUGACAACAAGAUGCUGAACCAGCUCUUUAAAUCAGGGGUGGCUAACCAAUGCUGCUGCACUCCAACUCCCAGCAGCCAGAGUGGCUAAUGGUCAGGGAUAGUGAUGAUGAUGGGAUUUGUAGUCCAAUAUCACCUGGAGGGCUCCUACAGGUUCCCCAUCACCCUAUUUUAAGUGUCUUGCUAAUUUAAUCCUGCAACAUAAUUGUAUAAUUAGACACAGCUUCCCUGGUGUUGACAAUGGGACUGUGCUCAGGUACGGCACUGGCUCCUUCCACAUUUUCUUGGGGCAUCUAGGGCAGUGGCUGCUGUGACAAAGCAGCCCAAGGAGGCUCAAUGGAUCCCCUACUGCCCUCAAGAGGGAGAAAACCUCCUGUGGCCCCAUUUCAGCAGUGCCUUUUCUGGUUUUGUUCCCACAGGAGUCACCACGGUCCUGACCAUGACCACCCUGAGCAUCAGUGCAAGAAACUCCUUGCCCAAAGUGGCAUACGCAACGGCCAUGGACUGGUUCAUGGCUGUCUGUUAUGCCUUUGUGUUCUCUGCACUGAUUGAGUUUGCUGCCGUCAACUACUUCACUAAACGCAGCUGGUCUUGGGAUGGCAAGAAGGUUCUGGAGGCCCAGGAAUUGAAGGUGAGAGAGGGAGUCAUUGGAGGGAGCAGGAGAGAAGCAAAGAGGGAGAGCAAUCAGAACUUGACGUACAAGAAUAGGCAUUGAAACCUUACUUUGGUUGAUUCCAAAGUGGGUGGUAGCACACCCUGGGGGGUGGGAUUCCCUAGGGGGUAGCAGGGGGUGCAGGAGGAGUAAAUGACUAUCAGAUUUUGGAAAGCUGCUAUCACUGGAUCAAGUUCAUCAGUUUUGUUGAAUUAAUUAAAUGAAAGGGUUUUAAUUGGAUUUUGAAUAAAUGUGCAAUUAAUUGUCACUGUUUUGACUUAUAUGGUGUUGUUAUCUCCCUUAGUGUGUUAGGCAAACUGCUAUCCUGAAUAGUGCUUUUGUAGGGUAUGGGGCACUGGGGGUGAGUUCAUGGAACCAAGGGGGGAUUGGCCCUCAAAAGUUUGAGAACCUCUGCCUUACUCCAAACAGAGCUAAACAUCAAUGUUUUGCAGCCCAGAGAGGGAGGGAGGGAGGGAGGGAGGGAGGGAGGGAGGGAGGGAAAGAAAGAAAGAAAGAAAGAAAGAAAGAAAGAAAGAAAGAAAGAAAGAAAGAAAGAAAGAAAGUCCAUUGCUGCUGCUGCCCCUAAUCCCCCCUUUGCUUAUCCUGUAUGGCUUUUACGCAUCACCAAAGGAGCUCUGAGAAUAACUAUAACCCAGAAGCAUUUUUUCACCUGUGAAAGGCCAGUUGGCUUCCCACAUCAGUGGAGAUGAUCUCAAGCCCUGCAAUGUGUUAAAUGUCACCUGGAAUUACACAGAUGACCUGCUGUAUAAAGGGGUUGAGAAAUCACAUAGAUACUUCUCCUGUUCUAAAAGGGGGGAGGGGGAGAGAAGAGAAGAGCCCUACCUGCAGCUUCCCUGUGGUGUGAGGCAGCACACGUACAUGAUUUGAGAUUUCACUGGCCAUAAAUUUCCUGUUGGAGAUGCCAUGUUUGGCAAGGACUUGUAGCAUUUGCAGCUCACAACAUGGUUUACUCUAGGAACAUUGGAAGCUGCUUUGUACUGAGUCAGACAGUUGGUUCAUCUGACUCAGCAUUGUAUACACUGACAAUACUCUUCAGGGUAUCAGGCUGGGGAUCUCUCCCAUCCCUGCCUGGAGAUGUCAUUGGGGAUUGAACCUGAUACCUUCUGCAUGCAAAGCAGAUGCUCCCCUUCCCUCUGAUCCAGGUUUGACGGGGUGCAUUUUUGAAUUGCACCAAGUUCAUCUGGUUGUUUUUUUGGUUUUUUUGCAAGCCUUUUAUUUCUGCAGUAGCGAGUGUUUCUGGGAGCUGUUUCUGGGCUGGUUUCCAAAGACUUUUUCAUUCCUCCUCAGAAAAAAGAGCCCGUCAUGCUGGCAAAGAAGACCAAUAACACCUACAACAUUGUUGGCACAACGUAUGCCCUCAAUAUCACCAAGGAGCCAGGCCUGCCCACCAUUGCCAAGAGCGCAUCAGCAACUACAGCCACACCUGUCACGGCUGCUGCUGCUGCUGCUGCUGCUGCGCCCCCAAAGGUGGCCCGGUUGGAAGAGAAGCCCCCUGAGAACAAGAAGACCUACAACAGUGUCAGCAAGGUAGACAAAAUGUCCCGCAUCGUCUUUCCGGUCUUGUUCACCAUUUUCAACAUGGUGUACUGGGCGACGUACGUCAACCGGGAGUCGGCUAUCAAGGGCAUGAUCCCCAAGGAAUGA